UUGAAAAUGAUACAAAUCGUCGAUAAAUAAUUAUUUCUUUUAAUUAAAUUGUAGCAUUUGAGUUAGUUAUAUUUCAUUUAUUGAAGAACGAAUAAAAAUCUUUUUUAUCCAAUUGAAUUAUUUCUUUCAAACAUUCUUAAUUUUCUGCAGAGUAAAUUUGUAGGUCAGGUUAUGUUUUCCUGGUCUAUUUGUUACGGUUUACGAUUGUUAUUCAGAUCAAAUAAUGUCUUAUGAUACUGGUCAAUACAUUGCAUUCUUCUAUUUAUAAAGAAGCAUCUACUCUUAUGUGAAAAAAAUUUAACAUUGUUCAAAAUGUCAAUUACAGUGCAGCAAUUAUUGAAUGAUGCUAAGCGCCUGGUGACAAGGCUACGGGAUCAUGAUAAUUCUGCUGAUACUCUUAUAUCUCAAGCACAAAAUUUGAAUAACAAUGUUGAAACUAUGAAACAAUACCAUGAAGAAGUUGAGAAGCUGAAUGCUUUGGCUCAUCAAAGACCUCGAUCAGCACUGAUUUCAAAUAUCCAGCAGGAAAAUCGUCAUAUACGAGAACUUCAGCAAGAAAACAGAGAUUUAAGAAUUAUGCUUGAAGAGCACCAAAAUACUCUAGAGCAUAUAAUGAAUAAAUACAGAGCACAAGUUAAACGCAUUGCAAAAACAGCUAAGGAAGAACAGUCAUAUCUGCAGAAGGACUUUUCACUAGAAGUACAAAAAAGAACAGAAAAAAUUGCUGAAAUGGCUGCUGUUAUGAAAAAAGCUAUUGAAAUUGAUGAUGAGAAAAUUAUGAAAGAACAGCAAAUUGUUAGUCGUCUGGAAAGAGAAAAUAAGUUAUUAAGAGAUGUAUUAGAACUUAAUGCUGCUCAGCGUAGUGUGAUAGCACAAAAAGCAGUUGUUGAAACAACAGAUGAAAGUGUACAGACUGAAUUAUGACCCCAAUAAAAAAAAACUUUUGCAAAUAUAUUUAGAGCUAGUUAUAUAUAGGUUUCUGAAGCAAGUGAGUAUUGUGUUUUCAUGGAUAGUUGUGCAUUGUUAAUUUUUUUUUUUAUCAAUAUUCAUAUUUAUUUGGGGAAAGUCUUGUUAUUUUAUAUAUGCUCAUUAUAAAUACCUGUAUAAAAUAUAAUGAUUUAAGCACUUAUAUGUGCUUUGUUUUUAUUACACACUAGAGUAUUUUAUAAUAUUGUUUUUGUUUCUACUUGUUUUUAGUUUACUGAUUAGAGUUCUUCAUAUUUUGUUUUGUGUAUAUCAAGAGCAAUAUCUUGUGUUUUUACAAAAUGUUGGCAACCAAUUUUGACUUUUGUUAUGUAAUAAUAUGAAAUGUGAUAUUGUGGAAUGUCAUUUCUGAAUAAAGAAAAGUUCUUUAUUAGGACUUUUUAUUCAUUAAUUUAUCCUGUUUUUUUCCAUGAUUGUUUAGAUCAGAUUAGGUAUAUGUUGA